AUGAUUAUCAUGAAUGAAAUAGAUUUUGAAGAAUGUCUCAAAGAUUCUCCUGUUUAUCGAAAUCAACUUCGACAAGCAACAAAUCAUAUCGAUAUGUUAGAGGAUCGCUUAGAACAGAUGUCCAAAUCAUGUAAUGCUGUAAUUAAUAUAGGAAAAACAUUUGUACAAGAAUUUCAAAAAUUUCUUAAAUCUAUUUAUGAUGUUCGAGAAUUAUUUGCUUCCGAUGAUGUAACUUUUAAAAGUUUAGCCAAAUUCGGUGAAUAUUUAAGUGAAAUACAAGCACUUUUUUCCAGUUUAUUUGAACAAACAUCAAAUAGUGUGUUGAGAACAUUAACACGAAUGUUAAAAGAAGAUAUUAGAAAAGUAAAAGACCAAGGAAAACUAUUUGAACGUUUAAGUUCAGAUUAUGAUAUUGCUUUACAAAAGAAUGCGGAUGCAUCGAAAACUAAAUCUCAUGUAUGUGAAGAUACAAGUAAAAUUUUGAUAGCAACUCGCAGUUGUUUUGGUCAUACAUCAAUCGAUUAUACAUAUCAAAUAAAUGUACUAUUUAAUCAACAUAAAAUUGAAUUAAUUGAACUAUUAUUAUCAUAUAUUAAUAUUCAUAAAGCAUUUUUUCAUCAAGGCCACGAACUUCUAUCGAUAGAUACUGAACGCGAUUUCAAUGUAAUAACAUCACAAUUAACAAAAAUGCGACAAGAGAAUGCUCAAAAACAGAAACAUUUUGAGAAAAUUCACGAUAUUAAUCAGAGAAAAUCUUCAUCGUUAGCAAUCAUGGCAACGUCAACAAGCCCAUCAACAGAUAAAGUAAAAUUCUCUACAUUGCUUCCAUUAUACCAAUCAUCAAUGAAAGGCAAACUAUCAUUACGUUCUCGUAGUCAACGUACACGUCAGUGCAACCUUGAAGAUAAUAAAACUGUUGAAGUACCAGUAGAAAAUGCGUUAGCUGUGCCCAAGGAAAAUUUACCUCGAAAUCCAUCGCAACAAAGUUUAUCAAGUGUUCCCACAACACCUCAACCAGGCAUUGAACCAACCAAAGAAGGUUAUCUAUUCAAACGUUCGCAUAAUAAAUUUAAAACAUGGAGCAGACGUUGGUUUUCUAUUCGAAAUGGUCAAUUACUUUAUAUGAAACGUAAUAAUGCGACUUCAACCAAUGAUAGUGCUCAACAGCCAUCAUUACCACAAUCAAUCAUGGUGCCUGAUUUACGCCUGUGUUCGAUUCGAUCAGCGAAUGAUAUUGAUCGUCGAUUUGUUUUUGAAAUACUUUCGCCAAAUAGCUCACAUCUUCUUCAAGCUGAUUCUCAAGCUCAAUGUGAACAAUGGGUUAGUUCACUACAAUUGGCUAUAAAAAAUUCAUUUAAAUCAUCAAAUGAUAACAGUCAAAAUUCAGCUUCGUCUUCACCAAAAUCAAAUGAUGAAUCAUCAAAUGCACUUCAAGCAGAAAAAGCGGAAAUUAAACAAAAGAUGAUUCGAGAAAAAAUUGAAUAUGUACGUUGUCUUCCGGGCAAUGACAAGUGUUGUGAUUGUAAUGCAGAUGGGCCAGAAUGGGCAUCGAUUAACAUAGGAAUUUUACUUUGUUUGAAUUGUGGUGGUGCUCAUCGAGGGCUGGGUGUUAAUCUGUCAAAAGUUCGUUCACUUCAUAUGGAUACAUGGGAUUUAGAAACCUUACUUAUUAUGUCAGAAUUGGGUAAUACAGUUGUGAAUGAAAUUUAUGAAGCACAACUAUCAAAUGGAAUGCAAAAACCGAAUGCUGACAGUGAUGCUGUUACACGUCGAGCAUUUAUUGAAUCAAAAUAUGUUCAAAAAGCUUUUCUACGUUCAUUACCGUCACAAGAAGAUAUACCAUUGUUACCUCGUAGAAUCAAAAAAUGGCCUAUAAUGAAACAAUCAAUAUCCGAUGAAUCAUCAUCAAAAAGAACAACAUCGUCAUCAUCUGAUAGUGAUAAAAAUAAUCAAGAUAGUUCAUCAUCAAUAUGGAAUAUGAAUAUUUAUUUAUAUGAAGGAGCUCGCCAUCAUAACGUGAUGAUGAUGCUUCAUGCUUUAGCAUUAGGCGCAGAUAAGAAUUUUGCUAAUGAACAUGAUGGCGGACGAACACCAUUAAUCCAAGCAAUAUUAAGUAGAUCAGUUGCAGCUGCUGAUUUUCUUUUAACCAAUAAUGCCAAAGUUAAUCUACCUGAUCAAGCUGGAAAAACACCGCUGCAUUACGCGACACAAUUAACGAAUAAAGGCCGAGGACCAAUUAUUCUUUUAAUUAAACGUGGUGCUGACCCAUUAUUAAAAGAUAAAGAUGGCAUUGAUGCAUGUUCAGUGUCCAUGGAUGUAGGCGAUCCCGAUGUUAUUACAUGGUAUCGCUUAGUUGCACUACACGAGCAAAUGAAAGAAGAAGAUGCUGAUGCAGAAAAAACUUACAUAUCAAUACUGGAUGAUGGUGUUUAUAUGAAAGAAAUAGCGAGGACACCUUCAUUCUCAUAA